GCGCAACAAGCGUGUUUUCAUCGGAUGGUCGUUGCCGAAGGAAUUGUUGCCGCCUUGGAGCGAUGGCGCGCGACUUUGAACUACUGAAAUCGGCAUUCCGUCGACAAUACUCAAGCCAGUAGGACCCUCUACCUACAGCUCCUUGAGCUUCUUGCGUUUGAACUGUUUGACUUCCAUCGAGGUCGUCGCGAUGCGGGUGGCCCGUCGUCUUAGCUUUAUUCGGCAGCCUCUCACAAGUCGCAGUCCAGUCAACCCACCAAACGAAACCUUGUUCAUCCCCUUCGACCAACUUCUCGCCGUGGGGCGUUCGUCGCUCCUGAGAGCAUUCACCUUCGGGACCAGUCGGCUUGUUACUCUCGCCUGGCGCUCCUUGAAGGAGGCACACAAUACUGACCGUCGACACAAUUUAAAGGCUGCCAACUCAGCCAUGCUUGGGUGUUUCCAGCCCAACUGCAAAUGCAUGGACAACAUCAUCCACGACAUCGCAUGCGCAGCCAUCCACCCGGAGAAGCACAGGCAUCGACUUCACACCAGUUGGCCCAAGCUCACGCCUGGAUUUUUCUCCCUGUUUCGUAUGUCAGCCAAAGCUUCGUACUCAUAGCCUUUGUACGGUGCACGGCAACUGCAGCCGCAUCCUCAUGUCAUGCUGCGAACGCCGUGUGUGGGACAUUCCACCGUUCCUCGAACGAGGGCUUGCCCGUCUCGACGCGGAUCCUAACAAAUCCAAGACAUCCAUGCGAUUCCAAGUUGCCCAAACUGAACUAGCACCAUGGUGCUCAACGUCGGAGGCAGGUGUUGGUUCAUCCAGUCCGGGUAUGGGCGGCGUACGACUACUGCUCGACCAUGCUGUCACUCAAGUGAGCAACGAUCGAAAAAAGCUAGUGGUUCGCAAACUAGGCACAAGUUCAAACACCCGCAGCGUCCCCUCCAGAUUCAGAUUCCAUCCCAAGUCCUGGUGGAAACGGCCUAUGUUACUUGAUUUAAUGUGUACCGCACUUUCAACAGAGUUGGCGCGAGUGUCGAUGCGGUAGCAGCCUACUGGCACGCCUCGUUGGUCGGGUACCUACAACGGCUUGCACGAAGCUGACUUCCGUCUAAGAGAGCCACCACCACAGCGAAGUAGUGCUGUAACAAGUUUGAUACUUUGCUCGCUUGCCUG